AUGGCGUUCAGCUUCGGUUUCUCUGGAGAUGAUAUUGACAUCGAUGAUUCAGAAAUCAAUAAUGAUAUCUCUGUGCCGUCGCAACAAGCUACGAGCAAUUCUCUUCCCGAGCUCAUCAAAGCGAAGAAACAUGAUAUGCAUGAAUGGCUUGCAAUCCUCCCCUCCCAAAUCUUCUACAAUAAGCUUCCAAUCAGUGAUACAUUGACCAUCGCUCGGCGAGAGAUCUUCGACAUUCGUACCCAGCUCAUGGCCGAAGACAGCGCAGGCCAUGAUAACGAACAACUGAUCUCCGGCAUCGAAAAGGGCGACAUCACGCCCAAUUUCUACGAGGGUGGUUUCAAAACCUGGGAAUGUGCCCUGGAUCUAGCGAAGCUCUCUCUCGACGAGGAGAUCCUUAACGAAGCCCCCGAGAGUCCAGUGGACAUUCACAUAAUCGAGCUUGGUGCAGGAACAGCAGUCCCAUCAUUGACACUGUUCGCCCGUCUACUGAGUCAAGCCCGACCCGGGCAAAGUCAACGGAAGACUUUCUUUACUUUUGCAGACUACAACUCAGAUGUACUUCGUCUAGUCACGCUGCCAAAUCUCCUUUUGACGUGGCACAAUGCCCGCUCACAAACGACUGUGUCGGCCAACUCAUCUGCGCCAGACCAGGAAGAAGAACUGGACAUCACGCCUGAACUGGUUCAGGAUUUCAUUAAUGAUCUUGCUCAGUGUGGGAUCUUCGUUGAGUUUAUUUCUGGCGCCUGGUCGCCUGAAUUUGUGGAUUUGGUCUUCUCAUCCAGUGAUAGUGCUCGCAAAGUUCUUGUACUUGCCAGUGAGACGAUCUACUCGCCCGCGUCGUUGAUGGCAUUCUCCGAGACGCUUUUGGCGCUGCUGCGCCGCUCGAACACUGCAUCUGCGAGAAGUCGGGCUCUGAUUGCGGCGAAGAAGGUUUAUUUCGGAGUUGGUGGUGGUGUUGAUGAGUUCCUUGGUGUUCUAGGGCAACUUUGUGUCAACGAGCUCGACGUGCAGCAGAAAAUGAACGUCCAGUCGGAGGGUGUGGGCAGAGUAGUAUUGGAGGUAGUACCCUCCACCGGGCCUUAG